AUGACUACCAUUUCUCGCUCGUUAUGUUACGUUUUGAUUCAAUUCAAUUUUUCUACGUCUUACUUUAAAUACAUGUACUAUUAAAGUGGUGCGUGACACUUGCAAUUUGUAAUCUAAUGAUUUGUGGUCUGAUUAACAGAAACACACAAACACAGAGAUACACACACAUAUAUUAUUAUUAAACAUUAAGAACGAGGGGUAUUUUUUAAAUAUAAUUUCUGUAAAGUAUAAGAUGCUUAAUUCAUGCUUAAUUAUAUGACGUACGUAAACGUAUAUAACUUCUAAUGCAAGAUAAUUUCACCAACAUUGUUAAGAAAAGGGAAUUACAAAAAGGGGCGCAAACUGAAAAUUUGCACGUUGCUUCCUCGUCCGUUAAUUUCAUUAACAUAGAUCAAACAAAUGGGGGUUGCUUCUUGGGAACUUGUCGUAGUUCAACGUUGAGAUAUUUCGGAUGCGAUUACGACGAUUAAUGCCGCGGCAUGCGUCCCGUGUGCACCGUGCACGCGGGAUAGAUGGUUGGCACGUUCCCACACCAGGACCCAUCGACGCAUCGCCAUGGAAACGGCACCGCGCUCUCUGCCGCAUCGUCACGUUGCGCCGCUUUGGAACAGCAGGCUAGUUUCAAGGGCGCUGCUCUAUCGCGCCUUAAGGAGUGCAAGGACGAUCAAUAUCCUUUGCACCCUUAUUUCCGUCGCACUCACGAGCCCGCCGAAUAUCUUCGCACGUCGGCAAUUCGCGUUACCCUCCCAAUUUAAUUCGGGAGAUCCAUUAAGGGUGCCGAGUGUGUCGUACAUGGAUCUUCCCGUCUAUACGUUUUUCAGCAAAAUUUCUAAAUCUCGUCCUUUUUAAAUGUCGCAAUUAGUGAAAAAAAUGAGUUAAUAAAACAAUUCGGUAAACGCUCGAAGCAAAAAUAUUCCGUGCCGGCGCGAUGCAAUGUAUAAUAAGAAAAAAACAUCGCUCGAUGAUCCCUGGCGAAGCGAUCGCCGGGAUUGUGCCGGCAGGUGAAAUCGCGUGCGCCGACCAAGAGCCGAUCGUUAAUACCCUGAAAGUACUUGUCGAAACACAGGGCGGAAAGUGCGCGGGAGGGCGAUAUUUAUGCGGCGUCAAUGCCGACGAAAUCGAUCGCUUUAAAAGUGGCACGUUUUAGCGCACGGCUCCCCUUCGUAUUUCAGGAAGUACGCGGAAGAGGGAGGAAUGAGGAGAUUCACCCGGUGACCUCGUGCCGCGCGCGGUGAUGCUACUGGCAAACGGUGCCUCCAUACCGACCAUCGCUGGCGCCGUCGAGGAGGAGGAGGAGUACGCACGCAGCGAGGCGAACAGCGUGCAGUACGAUGGAUAUGUUACUGAUCACACCGAUCUGGCCUCGGAGGUCGAUAUCGACGAGUCCGAGUACAGGCGGGAGUUGCUCAAUGAUAAAUGGCGAAUGCUCUUCGACAAGUUCGAUCCGGAGGGUUUUGGAGAGAUACCGCUGGAGGACUUUCUGGCAGCCUUGAGAAGCCCCGAAUGGAAGGCGGAGAUACCGGCGAACAAACGUGACAUACUUCUAACCAGGGCGAAAGAGUCGCGUGUUGAGGCAGUGACUUUCCAGGACUUCGUCAAUGUGAUGAGCGGAAAACGGACCAGAAGUUUUAAGUGCGCCGUGCACCAUCGGGACCGUGAGAUCUGUUCCGAGAACGAUUUUCACCUGCUCGUGCACGAGCCGCCUCUGUUUCACAGGAUGGUCCGCAUGAUCGGCGAUGAAUUCCUCACCGAGGAGCGGGACCGAAAGUACUACGCCGAUCACUACACAUGCUGCCCACCACCCCUCUUCAUCAUCCUCAUCACCCUCGUGGAGCUUGGCUUCUUCACGUAUUACACAGUGGCGAUGGGUGAGGUGAAUCCCUCCGGGCCGGUGCCGAUCGACAGUGUCUUCAUUUACAGACCGGACAAGCGGCUCGAGCUUUGGAGGUUCGCCUUCUACAUGUUCCUGCACGCUGGGUGGCUUCACCUGCUGUUUAACCUGGGGGUACAGGUGGUCGUGGGACUUCCCUUGGAAAUGGUUCACGGAAGCCUGAGGAUCGCCGCGGUUUACAUGGCCGGGGUUCUUGCCGGUUCGCUGGGCACGUCGGUAUUCGAUACAGACGUAUACCUCGUCGGGGCGAGCGGGGGCGUUUACGCCCUUCUGGCGGCGCAUCUAGCCAACGUCCUCCUCAACUAUAACAAUAUGGAGUUCGGGAUAGUUCGGCUCAUCGGCAUCUUCGUCAUCGCCAGUGCCGACGUGGGCUUCGCGAUCUACGACAGGUACGCCGCGGAGCAGAUGGGCCCGCCGGUGUCGUACGUCGCCCAUCUGACGGGCGCCCUGGCGGGCCUAACGAUCGGCCUCUUGGUACUGAAGAACUUUGAGCAGCGGCUGCACGAGCAGCUACUCUGGUGGGUUGCCUUGGGCGUCUACGCCGCCUGCACGAUCUUCGCGAUCAUGUACAAUCUGAUGCACCCCGACUAUCCAUGACGCGAGGUCAGCUUCGCGUACGGCCAGCCGAGGCACACGUAACGCGAAGCUGAUCGCCCUUGGAAGAAAAAGAAGAAGAGGAAGAAACGGCGGAGAGGACGGGAGGGACCGUCAACGUUGAGCAACGUCGAGGGAGAUUUUCAAGUAUCGCGAACUCUCGAUAGCACGCUAAGCCGUGAGCUAAAUCGUUCCCGAAGCACCGAAGGCGAAGGACACGUAAGGAACGAGAGUUAUGCGACGGGGUCGUCGGCAGACGUUCUCCUCAAAGAACGUGACUUCGUUCUCCUUCCGCGCGAGAAGGACCGCGUAAUAGUUUCGUAGUAUAUAUUUUCUUCCAAGCCGGCCUGUUCGCGCGCGACAGUCGAGAGAAGCGACAGAGCGCUUGUCGAAAAGAAGCGAGAAACGAGCGAGGAAAUGUAAUAUAUUAUUGAUGAAAAAUUCUAACGAAGGAGAACACUUGGAAUGGAAGCGGUAGUGAUCGGUAAAAGCGAACGCGAUGUACUUCCGAAAAGAAGUAGGGGCUCUCCGCUUCCUUUAAAAAGGAGAAGAAGGGACGCGGAGGAAGAAGAAAAUUGAGCGAAUGUCCUCAUUACGUUUCGUCUUUCCUGUUCGAUAAAGCAGUCCGCGUUUCGCAAUCCCGCGAAAACUCCUUAAACGCAAUGCCGGAACUACUUCAUCACGGCGGAAUACGGGCAAUUUUGCAAGCGGUGUAAUCAUAAAGAAAAAGGAACACACAACUGUUAGGCUCGUGUUAUCCUACCAUCAGCGGGACAACGAAACGUCAUUGUUGCAAGAUGACCAUCCCGGGCCACGAUAAAAUGUCUUCGCGUGUCGUUCUAGAGAACGACGGAGCAGCGUGCGGGAAGGUUACGGAUAAUAUUCUUCUUGGUCGGGAAAGAGGAAGUCGCGUGAUCGCGAGACUAGUCGUUCAAUCCCGUCGUCGCGCGUUCUUCCGCAUUCUGAAGAAAAACCAAAGAAUCGAGCUGGAUGACAACGAGGUCGGUCGGCCAUCCGGAAAACGCAAAAUCCUUGAGGGACGGGGCAUUUCUGCCCGAACCUGAACAAGGUACAAGAGGAAUUCUCUCUUAUGGCAUUCGUUUAUUUCCGCGCAAUGUUGGCCGCAGUCGUCCUCGGAAAAACCAAAGAAUCAUACUCGACUGUGUGGACAACGCUCGCUGUCCUUUGUCGCGUUGAAGAAAUUUCUUUGCUCGAUGACGAGAAGAAGAAGAAAAAAAGAGGAAGGAGAUGAUGAUGAUAGAAAGAGAGCGAGAGGAAGAAAUUGGAAGAAACAGCGAAGUAAAGCAACGGAAGAGGUAAAGAGGAAACGGGAGGACUUAAUGGAUCCUUCGCGGUCGAUGAAACAUUGUACAAAUGACCGCGACGGAGAGGUACGAAGAUGAUGAAACAAAAACCGCGCUCGAGAAAAUUGGUAACCAUCGACGUUCCUCUCGAAACCCUCUCGAAACAUUCGACUCGCGAGACGAAUUCGUGGACGUGGACGGAAACGUAGAGGAGCAGACUGCGUCAAGCUUGAUGAUGAAGAGCUCGUGCCGGUGGAAGAUUUUUUUCCGAUCGGGAUGAAUGAUUAGUCGCGACGACAAAUUUUGCAGAGACCGAUCGACUGAUCGAUCACUAAUUUUGCGAUAGUGCGAAGAAUACUGCUAAUCGAAUCGCGCAAAUAAUUGUGAAGUAUUCAUGGAAAACGAUGUGAGUAUUUGUUCAUUAAAUAUAUGUAUAAUCUUUUUGUUUACAUCAUCGCAUCUGCUGGAAGGUUCACUUGUGGCGCUUCGGGUCGCCACGAAACUUAUGGCAAACUCGGUUGCUUGCACUGCGAAAAUUCUGUAUUUAACUUUGUCUCAAAUAUGUUAAAUAUCUUAAAUAUGUUGUCUUAGAUAUACAUGUUCAAAGAGUAUUUAGUCAAAACAAUGAUCCGUAUGUACGCUAUACAGAGCAUUGUUUAAAAGAAAUAUAUUUCAAGAGGUAUUUGAAACGAUCCUUAAAUAUAAGAAUUGACCAUAAACAAGUCAGUAUGCGCUCAGUGCGCGCUAGUGCAAGCACUCGAAUUCGCUGGUAGAGAAUUUAUUUCGUAUUUCUCAAACUUUCGUAACCGUUUUCGACAUUACUGUUUUCUAUAGAUGCUUCACAAGUGUGCACAACUGUCGAGUUUACGUAUUAUUCUUUAUAAUGUGCGUAAAUUCGCGAAAAAUCCAAUCGCAACAAAAAUUCGCUGAUAUUUGGACAUGUGUUUAUUAUCGCGCAUAGAUAGAUCGAUCAUUAUAGGAACGCAAAUUCACCAAGUCACAAAAAUUCAUCCGAAUAGCCGUUGCAUAUUUUCCGUGUCAUUGUAUUACAUCGCAGAGUCUUGCGCAAAGGAAAAGUUAAAAAAAAAGAAGAGAGAACAUUCUCAACGCCGCGCUUGCGAGAGUCAAAACGCCCCCGAACGCAAUACCGUCGAAACGCGUACUGUAUCAUUGUAAAGAAAUACUAUUUAAUAUUGCAGAAAGAUAAUAUUUCGAGAUAAGCAUUGGACUAUCAAUUGUGUACAUAAAUCAAGCUUCGUUUCGACGCGCAUUGCCAUUCGCGCGAUUGUGAUUUUCGCGAGAGCUUUCCGCAUGAUGGAUGUAAUAAUGCGCAAUGCAACGGCGAUCAAGCCUAUGACAAAACAACACCCGGCCGACCUGUCGGUCGGUUUUCAGUCGCUAGUCCGCGCUUUCGAUAGCGACCGCUCGUUAACGUCCUCGCAAAAUCCCCCUGACGACGCAUCUGCCUGCGCGCGCGAUCAUUAACGCGCAUUAAUUGUACACCAUUGUAAAUACCUGUAUAUAGCAUAGAGACUCUGUGUGUGUUUUUUGCGUGUGUAUGGGAGCGUUUCACGCGAGUGAAGAGGAGGAGGCGCGAGACAGAGCGAGGAAGAAAAAAAAAUUAGAAGAGGAAGGGAAGAAGAGAGUUGGAGUCGGGUCACAGUCUAGUCGUUUCGCGUCGUUGUCGUAAGUAUAUACAAAAUAUACAUAUUGUAUUUAAAUCGAGAGCAAGAGAGAGAGAGAAAAAGAGCCGCACAUUCUCGGGAGAGCACACGCUUAGUGUACAUAGUCACACGCGAGACAUAUGUUCCUCACCUUUAAUUUAUCAUCGUGUCAUCGUGUCUUCGGAAUCAGAUCGUGCGAUUGCCGCCCGCGUGGCGUGCGACCUAAACGGUACCUGUGCCGACGAUGGCAUCGGAGUAUCCCGGAUGCGUUCAGCGUUGAUCCGCGGCCGCUCGAUGGGCCGUUUAGACGGGGGGUAUUUUCACCGCGCGUUUAGCCGCAAACACGACUGUUUGAUUUUCACCGAGAGAGGAUAUUUAUUUGGCCUAUUAUCUUCGUUACAUUGAACGAUUAAAUUAAGUUAAUCAGCCACAAAUUGCAUUUCACGAUCGCGCAACCACGCUCGAGCGCCCUUUUUGGACGGUGCAGUAAUUUAAAUCGAUUAAGAAAAUAUAUUUUUUUACAAUUUAUGGAUGGCAAAGAUUAAUUUAUAUAUAAAAUCGCAAGAAAGUGACGUAUCAAAGCCCUUGGGGUUACGGAAGGAAGAGCUUGUCUUUGUUCCCCCUCAGAAUAUGGCAAGUCUAACUUUGCCUGACGGCUCAUUUAGCGUUGAAUGCGCGGUGACUGAUAAAGUCCCAAAAUCGGAAGCUAAACGCGGCGCUGAACAAAGUUCGAAUACUGCGAGCCAAAGUCUGUACAGUAGUUUGGAUAGUGUCGCGGUAUGUGUCUCUCUAAUGUUUAGUUGUAUAGGUUGUUCGUUUGUCGAGAUAGCCCGACUCACUGCCUAUUUUGUAAUACGACUUAGCGCCACGUGCGCCCCUUUCGUUCCCUCAAAGACCGCCGUUCAGCGCGAUUCGUGUGUUAUGUAAAUUUCGUUGAACGCCCACGUUUUUCCGCACUUCUCGCGCAACACCCGGAAGGGGAAGAAACGCGUUUGAUUUCACGGAUGUGUUCUUGGGUUAAACAAUUAAUUAGCGAUUACACUAUCAUAUUCCCAGCGACGGCGCGCGAACCUAUAUUUAUUUUUCGUAAAGUGGGAACCAGCUGCGUUGUUCCCGAAUCCCGCGUGUACGAAGCCCCCAGUUCUUUCCGAUAUUUUUUCGGGAUCCUUUCCUCGGCUCUGGGAAACCCUACGCGAGUACCACGAGAUGAAAUGUGUGAAAAAUCGUCAAUUAGUCGACGAGCGAAAAUUAUUUUCCCACACUUGCGCGAUUUAGGGUAGCGCGUUUAACGUUCAGGAGAAAAAGAAAUAUUGAAAUUCUGCCCGGUAGGUUCCUCCUUGUUUCGACGGGGAUCAAACUAAUGUAUUAUUAUUUAUGUUGCGCUGACCGUAGUGUAAUAACGUUAACAUACGAUACCAAAUAAUACGUAAGAUUUAGUAUGAAACAGUAAUAUAUUAUUAUAUUAUUUUUUAUUAAUAUUAUUGUUAAUUGCUAUCGCAUCUUUCGUGGCACCAAGGAAGAAAGUAAUUUUUAGUGCUGGUAAUUUGGCACGGCCGGCCUGAAUGGCGCGAGGCGGACAAGUGGUCCUCGGCGAGGAGGAGCGGAAAGAGCGCCAAGGGGACGCGAAUCGAGCGCGAGCGAGAGAUCAAACGAGAGUAAUUAACGAUGCUAGUCAAUUAGUACCCGCGAAGGCAGCUAACGCCAGAUCCUAGCUUAAAGUACGACGGCUAGGUAACUCGCUUUAAGACGUCGAAGAAGCUCGAGAUACCGAUGACGCCGAGGAAGAAGGGUGACGCAAAGAAGAGAGAAAGAAAGGAGGUCGAGGGGCGAGGGAGGUCUAAGGAGGUUUAAGGAUUCGAGAACACUGAGGGAGCGAGAAGAGGACGCUGAAGAGCGCCCAAAAGGUGGUUGCUCAAAGAGUCGAGGAGACGAAGGAGAGCUUCGAUGGUUGGCUGGCUGGCUAUGUCAGUCGACAAGUGUGUACUUGGCGGAAGAAUGCAAAGGGGGAGCAAAAGUGACGUUCCUAACAACGCCCGGCCGGAUCGUGCGCUAGGCUCUAGGUGCGACAAUUACGGUCGAAAGUGUCCCACACACGUGGGACUGUAGGGUGUCUCCAAUCGCCGGCGAAAAAAAAAAUACGUACUCUUUAUUGUGACGCAAAACCGAGAUUAUCUUUCGUCGAUUUUACUCGUACAAUUUGAUAUUCUCGUAACAGUUGGAUUCUGAUAAAAUAGGGGUAACGAUCGAUUUGAAAUUAAGCGCAUUUAAUACGCAGAGAAAUAACUUAAUAACCAAUUAACGCACCGAACGAAUCACGUGCGGCGAAUUAAGAUUUUUAUCUUCCGUAUACGCACAUUUGUCGAUAAGCCGAUAAACGUUGCUUCUAUUGUUACGUAAAUCAAUAAUAAAUAUAUAAAUGAUUAAAUGCAGAGCAAAGUUAUUAAGUUUGUACCGAUAAAUCGAACGUGAUUUUCGUUAUGUAUGUAUAGCCUUGUUAAAUAUUUAAUUCGAUUUGCUUCAUAAAUGCAGUAACGAUUUCAGUUCUUUUGAAGUGGUACGAACCUUUCAUAACGCUCGAUCGAUUCGAGCUUCCAUUAAUUACCAUCGUUGUUAACGAUAAUUUAUGCAUCGAUGAAAUACAGCCCCGGCCGAAAAGAGUCGCUUUCCCCAGGAAAAUCGAACAGGUGUCGAUCCGCUGGCUAUUAACAUCCAACGGGGAAACAUAUAAUUUAGAGACUUCAUACAACAUUUAUGGCGUAUGAUUUCCAUUUUAUUAAUCCACCGUCGGGUUAAAUGACGAUGCCAAAGAGCACGCACGGCGCAUAAUUAUUUACACACGCUCGUAACUCGAACGUGGGAAUAAAUUAUACGUCGUCCGAAAUCCCUCGCGCAAAUGACCCGCGUAAUGUGCAUAUACCCCGCGAUGAUACUUCGUCAAUUAUACACCUAGCGGCGUGAUUGAAAUCGAGUGGAAAAGGAAACGUACGAUCAGUGCAUAGGGAUUUGCCAUUUACAUCGACACCGCGAUAUCUUGUUGCCGGCGAAAGAGGACUCGCUUCGACAUUUUUUUCAGUACCCAAGCGAUGCUGAAGCCUUGCCCUUUUCAUGAACGCCUCUCAUCAUGAACGGGCUUCAAACAAACAAACGUCAAAGUCGUUUCGGAAUCGAAUUUUCUUAUCAGCGCACAUCUGUCACCCUUCCAAAAGCGUCAUCGGAUUUCCGGUAUCCGGGUCCAGUGAGCCCGAAAGAAACGAGAAAAAUAACACCGGGGAAACAGCGUCUCGCUCGAAGCUAUCUGGACUUUAAUUUACGCUCUGGCACUCGAUCCGCGCCCAAAAGCUCGAGUUUAGGUCACUAUAUCUUCUAUUUUUUUUUCGUUUUAUUUAAAAGAGGGCGGCGCGCAUCCCGCCCGAGUGCGCGCGCGCGCGCGCGUGUGUGUGUGCGUCCGUGCGUGUUAAUAUUUAAAUCGAAUGGGUAUGCGUGAAUAUUAUGUUUGUUCGUAGCGAUCGAGGAUCGUGAAGUCUACGAUGGAGCGCAAUGAUUAAACUCAUUAGCUUAAUUCCGUAUCGUAAUCGUUCCUACUUUAGUUUCCGUAUAAUUCUGUGAUGCGUAUUUAAAUAAAUAUAUUACCGCAAAAUUACGGUAUGUUGCUGUUGAUUAUAUAUAUACACACACACACGUAUAUAUACAAUGUUCAUCUUUCUCAAAGCCAUCUGGAGAGAGAAAUUUCGUAGAGCAUAUUUCUCUAUAUCUCGGAAAUUCGUUUGAUACGAAACUAUUCCGUACGCAAACUUUCUCUUUUGCCGGCCGCUUUUUACGGUGUAGUUUCAUUUUUUUUAAAAAAAGUAAGCCAGUGAGUCAAGUAUGUUGAGCUUAUCACGAUCCGGACAUCUGUAGCGAGGAUGCUCAUAAAUCUGUUAUGUAUCGAUGUGAAUGGAAACGAUCGCAUAAUAAUUUAACAAUUAAUUUAUUAUUGUAUUAUAUAGAAUAUAUUGUUAUUAUUUAAUUGCCGUGAAAGGACGCGUGAGUGUACAAAGUAGACCGAGAGUGCGUCGAAAUACCGAGGUAUUUUACCGGAUUUUAAUAAUGCAUUUUUUUUUUGCGCCGGUGAAUAGCCGAAGCGAUACAUAACGGGUCCAGCGAAAAGCGGCGCGUGUUUUAUCCCGUACCGUUUUUUUUUUAGUCCCCUGACUAUGCGAUCUUCGAUCGAGUGAUUAAGCGAUCGGCUGAAAAGCGUGAUCCGUUAAUUUUUAUAUUGUGCGUGUCACACUGUCAUUAAGUAUUAUUUAUUGGUGAAAGUGGAGGACCCCGUACGCGCCCGUUUGCGGAGAAACCUCCCGGUCUGUCUGUCCGUCAUUUCGUUUUAUUUUUAAUUAGCCCGCUUAAUACAGCAAAGGCGCGCCGCCGCAUCACAGACGCACCUGCGACCCUGGCAACACCUGCGACAGUCGACAAUUUCGGCGAGACCGGCGUUCGCCUGGGAUAUUUUCUAAAAUUUCAUCAUUAACCCGCAACCGUAUUAUUAGCGCUAAACUUACAUUAAUUUUGCGAGCGCGUGCGAAAUAUUAGAUAGAUAUCUAACAUGAAUCUUCCUAAUUAAUCCUAUGUGAAGCAAUUAUCACGAACGGAAAAUAUAAUUAACACCGCAAAGACAUUUUACGUUUACAUAUAAGUUACCAGUGGUUUGUCAGUUUUCUGUACGCGACUUUAUGUAAUAAAUGAAAAACACGAUCUCUGUAAUUGAUCGUAAAGUCACCCGAGUCAAAAAAGUUACGCAAGUGUGCAAAUUUAAAUUAGUAGAUUAAUCAAAACAAUCAUCAAAAGCUUGCGUUCAAACGAUAAAUACGAUUAAAUUUUAAAAAAAUGUGAGUACUUUUUAUGCAAAUAUGUUCGAGCGAGUAAUGGUCGCGCGAUUUCUGUUCUGCAACGAAACUCUGAGAUGCCCGAUCACGAUAACGAUAAGGUCCAAAGACGCGCAAGAUGGACAGCAUGAAUACACAACUGAUAUAGUAAUAAAAUAAUAACGUUAAUAAUUUAUAUUAUAUAACAGUCACAACUGUACACAAGCCAAAGAGGUGGAGCUAGUAAAGGAGAGACAGAGAGACAAAGAGACAAACAAAAAAAAAGAGAGUAUGUGUGCGUGCGAGAGAUGAAAAGGAAUUUCAGGCGUUUAAUAUUAUUAAUUGUCUUUAUCGGACGUCAUUUGUCAAUGUUCAUCAAAGCAUCGCCAUUGUCAUGUUCUUCACUAUUUAUCAUUGUCGAUGAAUUAAUUAUUAUUCUUAUAAUUAUUGUCAUCAUUUUAUAUAUGUAUAUGUAUGUAUGUAUGCAUAUAUAUAUAUAUGUAUAUUGUACAAAACGUGAUAACUACGAAUCCUCGCUUAGAUAAUUCGCAUAGUAAUUUUCUGUACACACAUUCGCCGCGGCAGAAGAAAAAUACAAUGGUAUUUAAAAGAUUCAAUUGAUAUUAUCUUUUUAUACCUAUGACCAAACGGUAAGAAAUCUCAUCGCGUAAAUUUGAAGUGCAGAUUUCGAAAAUUAUGUGUUUUAGCGAUAAGAAGACAAAAGUUUGAUUCGUGAACUCUUUUAAACAUCUGCAUCUCAACAGUAACGAUGUUAAGGGAAAUAUGUGUCGACUUGUUACUGUUGAAAUAAAGAUCUUUAAAUAUCAGAUGCCUUUUUAGCAUUUCCGACAUUUCUUUCCCUUUCUUCACAUAAUUUCUGUUUUCGAAUCUCAUUAAAGUGUAAUAAUCCACUUUUAAUAAAAGUAAAAAAUUAAUUUAUUAAUUUUCUAUUUUACUUA